UUUUUACAUCUAAGUGUUUUCAACAUCACUUUCAACUGAACAGCUUGAAAUAAGAUCUUCGAUUCAUUGCUAAAAGUAUUUAUAUCGAGAGCUCAUCGCUCUACUCUGCAAUCUCUGCCGAGUGAUCUCUGUUGAUAUUGAUACCUAUAACAGAUGACAACUUAAGUAUAUAUCAAAUUGUAGAUGCUACGACGAUGUUCGAAAACAAGACCCUCAUUCAUUGACUAGACCACAUCAAUUUGAAGUUUUAUUAAUGUGUAUGACGAUCACACUUAAACCUAAUAUCAUUCUUGAAAACUUAUAAUACAAACCACAAUUUACGAUUGAGAGACUGAUUCUCAUUCUAAAUUGAUUCGUCGGUUGUUUCUGUUGAAUGCGAUAGUCAAUGGUGCUCUUUGUUAUAAAAUAUGCUGAAUAAAUAUGAAAUGUACCAGCUUGAAAUGUACAUCGUUUGGUUUUGACAUCAAAAGAGAAAAGUUUACGGUUCUAUUUGCUCAAUUAAUUAUUUCGUUUUAUUUGAGUGAGUGAGUGAGUCAAGCCACCUCUAAAAUGGCUUCAGUAACAUUCUACCUGCUGAUGGCCUAGGUAUCACAAUUAAAUCUGUCCACAAAUGUGCCCCAAACAAUAAUGUUGUGUAUGCACCCGACGAUAUAGUUUUUGCGUGUGACGAACAGAGUUCAAGGAUGAGUGUUUUAAUUUCAAAGUUCAUGUGAAUAUUAAAGAGAUUAGAACCGAGCGCCGAACUAGUUGUGAGAUAACGACUGAACUAAAUAAAACGAGCAACGAAUAGAAUAUUUACAUUUUCUGUAAAUCUAAAUUGGGGUGAUGACUGUAAACAGACUUAAAUGUUGGACGAACUGUAGUCAAUUCGUGUGAUAAAAGUGUUUUCAAAUAAUUUUUAUUUAAAUCUAAAAUGUUAGCAAUGGUGUCACAUACAAUUUAGUGUUGUUUUGUUUUGUUUUACUGGAACUAGUGGAAUCGGUCUAAUAUAACAUCGUAAUAGAAUAAAGGAAAAAAAACCAUUAACAAUGUUCAAUCAAGUGAAAACUAUAAUUUUCGUGUCACUUGCAUCAAUUGUAAAUUUGUGUUUUUGUGCUAACAUAGAACACCCACUUCGAUUAAGCCUUACCAUAAGUUCGAAACUGCACCAUUUGGAAAUAUCUUGGUUCAGUGUAAAGCCCACCGAAGGAGUGAUACUUAUAACAAACGACGAACCCUCAGGGCCAUACCACAAAUACAGUGUCCCGGCUUAUAAUGAUGAUCAUUUUUAUGCUUCAACAACGGAAAAACCCGACACCGAAUCAACGAGUACAACUCACUAUGACCAGCCAUAUGCAGAUUCAGUGGAAGUUUUCGAAUCACGUAUGGCCGAAACAGAUUCGAUUUGGACAUAUGGCCCGUCCAAUAAAACAGCACAGUACUGGUUGGAGCCGAAAGAGCCAAGUGGCUGGGUAACUACGAAUAUUCUAUUCGACGUGGAAUUAUCGAAACAAAUUUCCAUUCGCACUAAAUGUUACGGAUAUUGGGCCGUUUAUUUGAAUGGAAACGGUGAGGUAAAAGCAACUGCCUGUGUAUCAGCGCAUCCGACGUGGAUGAACGAUAUGAAAAGUCACAUCGGCCGAUUCAAAUUUAGAGAUUUGUUCUUGGCUGGCACACAUGAUUCGGGUAGUUACCGGGAUGGGUUCAAUCCAAGGAGAAAUGAAACUUUAGUUACGAAGUAUGCUCUUACGCAGGACGAUGAUAUCUAUACCCAAUUGAUGCAUGGCGUACGGUACUUGGAUAUCAGAAUCGGUUAUUAUCGAGCGUCGCACCCAGUGUUUUGGGUGAAUCAUGGCAUCACAAAACAACAAUCACUUGCAAAAGUCUUACGGCAGGUCAAAGACUUUGUUCUGGAAACAAACGAAAUUGUUAUCUUUGACGUUCAGGAAUGGCCAGUUGGUUUUGGUAAGAAGUUAGAUAUCCAUAGGAACCUUGUGCAUUACAUUCAAACCGAAAUUGGAGAUCUACUGGUCGAUCCGAAUCUUACUUGGGAUGCGAACCUAGACGAUAUUUGGAAGACCAAAAGAAAUGUAAUUUUGGGAUACGAUCACAUAGCAAUGGUUCAUGAAUUUCCGUCGUAUCUGUGGCACUCGGUGCAACAAAGAUGGGGAAACGUCCAGAGCUUAACCGAUUUGAAACGUUAUUUGUCUCCAUCUAGUCGCGGUUUCCUGUUAUUUUCAAGUCGUCCAGUAGCUGACAUGGCUGAGCUAACUCCAAACACGUGGGAUGUGUUAACCGAUCGAUUUGGCGGUACAUUUAUUUCAUUAAAUUUGAGAUUCAUUCCAACAGGAUUUCAUUUGGUGCAAUGUCUAAUUUCAGGAUUGCGUCGAAUGGCCGAUCAAGCGAAUCGACACAUAUCACGAUGGUACAUUGAAGAAUGGGGAUCGAUGACCAAUAUCGUAGCUGUAGAUUUCAUUCGCGGAACAAAUUUGAUGGAAACAGCACUCUACUGGAAUGGGAAAAAAGACAUUCUGAGUCCAAAGCGUUAAGUCGUUGUGGAGCUCUUCAAAUUUUUGUCUUGUUUUAAAGGCGACUUUUCAGUUAAAAGAUAAAAGAUUUCUUCCACUUA